ACAACGCGGCUACUCUUUCAACCACCUCGGUAGCUUGCUAGCCAACAUAAAACUGAAAGAUUGACGCUUUAGACCAUGUUAAUGUACAUUAGCUAAUCUCAGUGUUUUAAACACAAUUCUUUUGACGUUUCUACUGGUUAACUUUAAGCUAAUUUGGUUGUUUAAUUUGCAAAGUUGUUAAACAUUGAUACUGAGCCUAGCGUUAGGCUAGUCGCUAAUUCUAACAUCCCAGACUAUGAGCUCACUAAACUACUCAUCCCCUGUUAAAGAAGAGGUCUGCUGUAUGCAGAAAGAAGCUCUGAGGCUGAACAUUGUCGUGAAAGAAGAAGAGGAUGUUAUAGAGGAAACCGAGGAAGAACCUUUCAGAGAGGAAGAGGAUGCUAUCUCAGUAGAGGUGAAGGAGGAAGACGUCUUGGGAGUGAAAGAGGAGGAGAUAGAAUAUCAGAUUAACACCAGAGAGAGACAUGACUAUUGUGGAUCCUCUGGGGAGCCUCAACAACAUCCUGAUGCUGACGAGUCAGAGAAGAGUCUCUCCAGAUCAGAACACCAGAUGGACAACGCCAGCCCUUCCUACCUCCCGGAGUCCCCGUUUUGUGCCUCUCCCGGUAGCACCUUACUGCUGGGUAUGAAUAGGUUGUCUGUGCUGCUGGUGGACUGCAGGAAAACAACAGGGCUGAGUGGAACUGUGAGAGGAGGAGAAGAGAAGAAAGGAUCAGAUUUGACUCAUCAAAGAGAAAGAUCAGACUCAGAGGAACCAGAGCCAGGGACGUCCAAACCAACAAGAAGACACCAGUGUUCCCACUGUGGAAAGUGUUUUAACCAGUUAAGGGACCUGUACCGACAUCAGAGAAUACACACAGGGGAGAAAUCUUACUACUGCUUGCAGUGUGGAAAGGUAUUUCAACUGGUCAGGGGAUCUGAAAAACCAUGAGAGAAUACACAGAGGGGAGAAGCCUUACCACUGUCCCAGUGCGGAAAGAGUUUUAACCGUUUAGGGAACCUGAAAAAACAUGAGAGAAUACACACAGGGGAGAAGCCUUACCACUGCCCCCAGUGCGGAAAGUGUUUCGACUGGUCAGGGGAGCUGAAAAACCAUGAGAGAAUACACACAGGGGAGAAGCCUUACCACUGCUCCCAGUGUGGAAAGAGUUUCAACUGGCCUGCGGAUCUGAAACGGCAUGAGAGAAUACACACAGGGGAGAAGCCUUACCACUGCUCCCAGUGUGGAAAGAGUUUUAACGAUUUAGGGAACCUGAAAAAACAUGAGAGAAUACACACUGGGGAGAAGCCUUAACACUGCUCCCAAUGUGGAAAGUGUUUCAACUGGUCAGGGGAGCUGAAAAACCAUGAGAGAAUACACACAGGGGAGAAGCCUUACCACUGCUCCCAGUGUGGAAAGAGUUUCAACCAGCCGGGGGAGCUGAAAUGGCAUGAGAGAAUACACACAGGGGACUUGCUGUCUUAUAUUGUUGACUUAUAAUGAUUACCUGUUUUUACUAUAUGAACUUGAAUUGUUAAAACAUAUAUUUGCAUGUUUUUAUUAGAAAACAUGAAUUGAAUAUGGAGUAUGAAUAUAGAGUAGGUCAGAUUCCUUCUGUUUUAAAUGGUCCUUUUUUAAACUCUGACACUGUGUGUGUUUAUCUGGGUGUCAUUCCUCCAGCACUACAGAUAAUCAAGUGUUAUUUGGAUGUGAUGCAUUUGUUCCGUUGUUUACAUUUGCAAUGUUGGCCCACUGAUGAUUUAAUGAAAUGAAAAUGUUCACAGACUCUGUAAUACAAAAUGUUAAUUGUAUGUGUCCACAUAUCUGAGUAUGUGACUUGUGGCGGAUGAAUCGGAAUUAGUUGGGUAACAUAGAUAAUUAAGAUGUCUUAUCUGCAUAAUAUGCUGAUGUGAUAUACUUGUUAUUAGAAUGUAUCCCUUCGGACUCUGGUGUUGGCAGUUGCACUUCUUCCCUCAGCUGGGGCUCAGUCACCUGGGGCCCAGAGGGGGGAGAGGUCAGGCUUGUCUUUCACAUGUCCCUGGUGCUAUGCAGAAUAUCAGGAAGGGAAGAGGACAGGAGGGAACAUUGUCUUCAUAUGUGAAUGUAUCUGUUAAACUAUGUGAAGGGAUGGUGUGUUUAAUGGGGAACCAAUUACUGGUUUCCACAAUGUCUGUGCGCAAGUCACUCCCUCCUUUGGCAUUGGGGGGAGGUGUAUGGCAGUGUCUGGAACCAUUGUAUGUCCUCUCUGAUGUUGCACUUAUCCUGGGAUAGUGUAUGACCUAGAGGCUCACUCCCCUCAGUGAGCUUGUCCAGGAGUGGGGUCAAGAAGGGGUUUUACUUGCGAUGGGAGUAUCUAGAGUUGACAAUUGAGUUAUGCCAUUGGAUGAGUUGGUGUUUUUGUGCUAUGAAGUACCAGGAACGAGAUUAGAACCUCGUUUUAGGGACCAAACUGAACGAUAAUUUAUAGCGAAUGCUAUCUGGCUACGGGAUACUCCUUUCUCAUUAUAAAGUCUCACUUUGUGAACUGUUCCUAAUAUCUGUGGUUUGUUAUGUCGACUAGGGGGUGGAUCUUUGCUAUAAAAGAUCUCAGUAGCCAUUGUGUUGCCACUCUCAACGGUUCAUUAGACAUAGUGAAUUGUUGAAAGUCAUUGCAAAGAUCUUAUUAUUAAAGAUGUAGUUUAAGUAUAACUCUGAUUGGUGUGUGAAGUUUUUAAGUAUAACUCUGAUUGGUGUGUGAACUUUGCCUCUCCUCAUUUGGUAAUACAGAAAUUAACCACCACAGACUAACCUUGUGAAACUGUCCUAUUAUAAUCUCCUGUUCCUGGGAGUAUCAUCCUGUGUUGCAAACCAGCUGCACCUGUGUCCUUGUAUGAAUAAAGUCCCGCCCAGGAACAGGAAACUAUAAAGAUAUGUGCUCAUCACCCAAUGCUUCAGGAAUUCAGACUGUAUACACUGUGCUGUGUAACUGUUAUUCUCUCUGAGCUCAGAAAUAAAGAAUCUUGGUUUGA